AUGGGUGGAAACGCUUUGCAAAGAGGUUCGUCAGAGUCAUGCCCUCAUGCAAAUACACAGUUUAACACACUCCAGCUCGCAUGUGACACGAUUGACAACUUCGCCCACUCCAAGCCAGCCGCGGCUGCACACAUCGGAUCGCUAGUCGACGCAAACGUCCACACGGAAACGAAAGGCGCGGGAAGCAACGAGACAACCGUCACGUCGUUUGACUUCAAGACACAAAUGGAACAGUACGUCGCCUACGACAAGGGGCGACGAGUCAUCCCCGAACGCCUGCGGAAAGGAGACGAAUGGACUUUCUUCACGGUCUUCUUCGGCUUGUGGGAUCUGCUCGAAUACUCUACGUUGGAGAAGCCUGUGGCCAUGUCCGCGGUGGACAAGAGCAUCGAGUCGCUCUUCCACAGUCUCGACAUCCUGGCCGAACACGCAGCCCACCCGCCCAACGUCGUCAUACCCAAAAUGAUCGACGCGUCUUUCCUCCCGCAAUUCCAAGUACAAAAGAAAGCCAUGCGGGAAGCCGAUUUCGCGGUGACUCAGCACCGAAUGGUGUUUCUAUGGUCAUACUGGAACACAGUCUUAGUUCGGAAAGCUGCAGAAUGGAAAAACGGCGCCAUCUACAUGCCUGAGCCGAAUGCUAUCAUCAUGAACGAAGUCCGUGCCAAACAACUGCACUCGCGACAGAUCUCCGAUGCGACCGGUGUUGGGGCUCAGGCACCGCUUUUCGAACACGUUGAUACGCCCUGCUUGGAUGCUGUAAGGGGGAGUGGUGGGCCGGCUCAUGAACUCAUUGGCAAACAUGCCGCGAACUUGGUACGCGGGAAUCGGAGCAUUAAUGCUGUGCGUGAAAAGAGUGAGGAAGAGAAGAAGCAGGAAGAUGAGCGAGUGCAGUUUAAGCUCAAGUUUCCUCCAGGGUAUUAG